GCAGGGGGCUAGCAGCGGCGGCUAACCACCACAUUUGACCCUGUAGUGUGCCAUGAUGCUUAACUAGACAUCCGGGCAGUGUAUAUGGAAGAUGGCGACACUCAUCCUCCCUGGCGAAUGGAUCAAAAACUGGGAAAAAUCAGGAAAACACGAGUUUGUGCAACUCUGCAAAGAGCUAAUAGAGAAAACAGAUCAUGGAAAAGAUGUUAAAGAUUUUCAGGCUGCUCUCUAUGAGAUCUGUUCACAGGUUGUCCAGGGUAACCUGAAGAUUGAUCUGGUCUCUACUGUCCUCGGGGAAAUGAUGGAACUCCGAGAGGAUUUGCCAUCAAUUUUAGCAGAUGUGUUCUGUAUACUAGAUUUAGAAACUGGUGCACUAGAAGAGAAGAACAAACGGGACCAAUAUACUCAUUUAGUAGGAGCCUGUUUGUCUUAUGUACCAGAGGCCAUCCUGAAGGAACGUCUGGACCCAGAAACCCUGGAAUCACUCGGGCUGAUAAAACAAGCUCAUCAGUUUAAUCAGAAGAUUGUAAAAAUCAAGACUAAGCUUUUUUACAAACAGCAGAAGUUUAACCUGCUGAGGGAGGAGAACGAGGGCUACGCCAAGCUGAUCAGCGAGCUCGGCCAGGACCUGUCGGGGAAUAUCACCAGCAACCUUGUCCUUGAGAGUAUAAAGUCCCUCAUAGGCUGCUUCAACCUAGACCCCAAUCGUGUUUUGGACAUCAUCUUGGAGGUGUACGAGAGCCGCUCUGACCAGGAUGAGUUCUUUCUGUCCCUCAUCAAGUCCUACAUGUGUGAGCCAGUCACCCUAUGCCACAUUCUGGGCUUUAAGUUCAAGUUCUACCAGGAGCCCAAUGAGGAAACCCCAAAGUCACUUUAUCACAUUGCUGCUGCUCUCCUGCACCAUAACCUUAUAGAGCUGGAGGAUCUCUAUGUGCAUCUCAUGCCAGUAGACUCCACCAUAGUGGAGGAACACAAACGAGAGAUUUCAGAAGCCAAGCAAGUCGCACGCAAGCUGGUUACGGUGGUUCUGCCGUCGGAGAAAACUGAAGACAAGGAGAAGGAUAAAGAAAAGGAAGAGGAGAAGAAUGACAAGCCACCUGAUAACCAGAAGCUCGGCCUUUUGGAGGCACUACUCAGGAUUGGAGAUUGGCACCACGCCCAGAGUAUUAUGGACCAGAUGCCUUCUUUUUACGCUGCUUCUCACAAGACCAUAGCGCUGCCGCUUUGCCGACUUGUACACCUGACUGUAGAGCCUCUUUAUAGAAGAGCUGGCGUCCCAAAAGGAGCAAAGGGCUGUGCGAUGCAACCCCUGAACAACACGCGGGCUCCUCAGCCCACAGAGACCUUCGAGGAUCUUCGUAGAGACACGUUCAGCAUGCUCUGCUACCUGGGCCCUCACCUCUCCCACGAUCCCAUCCUCUUUGCCAAGAUCAUUCGUUUGGGCAAAGCCUUUAUGAAAGAGUAUCAAACUGAUAGCAGAACUGAAGUGAAAGAUAAGAUGGAUGUGUUGUUGAGCUGUUUCCUAAGCAUCGCCGAUCAGGUGCUGCUGCCCUCUCUUUCUGUAAUGGAGUGCAACGCCUGCAUGUCUGAGGAGCUCUGGGGACUGUUUAAACUCUUUCCCUACCAGCACAGGUACCGGCUCUAUGGACAGUGGAAGAAUGAGACGUAUUCUGGACAUCCACUGUUGGUUAAAGUGAAAGCCCAGACUGUGGAAAGAGCCAAAUACAUUAUGAAACGCUUGACCAAAGAGAACGUAAAACAGUCUGGGAGGCAGAUUGGCAAACUGAGCCACAGCAAUCCCACCAUCGUCUUCGAUUAUAUGUUGUCUCAGAUCCAGUGGUAUGACAACCUGAUCGUUCCAGUGGUGGACUCGUUAAAAUUCCUCACGUCUCUCAACUACGACGUCCUGGCCUAUUGCAUUAUCGAAGCUCUGGCCAAUCCGGAGAAGGAGAAGAUGAAACAUGACGACACUACUAUCUCCUCAUGGCUCCAGAGUUUGGCGAGUCUGUGUGGAGCCGUGUUCAGAAAAUACCCGAUUGAGUUGGCCGGCCUCCUGCAGUACGUCACCAACCAGCUAAAGGCUGGGAAAAGUUUUGACCUGCUGAUCCUGAAGGAGGUGCUGCAGAAAAUGGCUGGCAUCGAGAUCACAGACGAGAUGACCUCAGAGCAGUUGGAGGCCAUGACGGGAGGGGAGCAGCUAAAAGCUGAGGGUGGAUACUUCGGCCAGAUCAGGAACACGAAAAAAUCCUCCCAGCGCCUGAAGGACGCCCUGCUAGAUCAUGAGCUGGCGCUGCCGCUGUGUUUACUCAUGGCCCAACAGCGAAACGGAGUCGUUUUCCUGGAGGGCGGAGAGAAGCAUCUGAAACUCGUGGGGCAUCUCUAUGACCAGUGUCACGACACGCUGCUGCAGUUUGGCGGCUUUUUGGCCUCCAACCUCAGCACAGAAGACUACAUCAAGCGAGUUCCCUCCAUCGACAUCCUGUGCAACCAGUUCCACACCCCACAUGACGCCGCCUUCCUCCUGUCCCGCCCCAUGUACGCACAUCAGAUUUUGUCGAAAUACGACGAGCUAAAGAAAGCCGAAAAAGGAAACCGGCAGCAGCAGAAGGUCCACAAGUACGUGGCAGCGUGUGAGCAGGUGAUGGCGCCGGUGCACGAGGCUGUGGUCUCCCUCCAUCCGGCCAGGGUGUGGGAUGACCUGCGGCCUCAGUUCUACGCUACCUUCUGGUCCCUCACCAUGUACGAUCUGGCCGUGCCGCACGCUGCCUAUGACCGGGAGGUGAACAAGCUGAAGGUGCAGAUCACAGCCAUCGAGGACAACCCUGAGAUACCGAUGAACAAGAAGAAGAAGGAGAAGGAACGCUGCACUGCGCUGCAGGAAAAGCUACAGGAGGAAGAGAAGAAGCAGAUGGAACACGUCCAAAGAGUUCUGCACCGUCUGAAACUUGAAAAGGACAGCUGGUUGAUGACCAAAUCCACAAAGAACGAGACCAUAACCAAGUUCCUGCAACUCUGCCUGUUCCCUCGCUGCAUCUUCUCCUCCAUCGACGCCGUGUACUGUGCCCGCUUUGUCGAGCUGGUCCACCAGCAGAAAACACCAAACUUCUGCACUCUCCUCUGCUAUGACCGGGUGUUCUCUGCCAUCAUUUACACCGUGGCCAGCUGCACGGAGAACGAGUCCCACCGCUACGGGCGCUUCCUCUGCUGCAUGUUGGAAACAGUGACCCGAUGGCACAGCGACCGCGCCAUCUAUGAGAAGGAGUGUGUGAAUUACCCCGGCUUCCUGACCAUCUUCAGAGCAGCAGGCAUUGACGGAGGGAACAAAGCAGAUCAGCUGGAUUACGAGAACUUCAGACAUGUGGUCCAUAAAUGGCACUACAUGCUGACUAAAGCAUCGGUCCACUGCCUGGAAACAGGGGAUUACACCCACAUCCGAAACAUUCUGAUCGUGCUGACCAAGAUCCUACCCUGCUACCCAAAGGUCCUGAACCUGGGCCAAGCGCUGGAGGCCCGCGUCCACAAGAUCUGCCUGGAAGAGAAGGACAAGAGGCCAGACCUCUAUGCCUUAGCGAUGGGUUACUCAGGUCGGUUGAAAAGCCAGAAGGUGCACAUGGUCCCAGAGAACGAGUUCCACCACAAGGACCAGCCAGCCCGCAGCGCCACACCGGCGAGUCAGCAGAACGGGCCUGGAAGCACCGGCAAACCCGCCGCCAACGCCAGCAAGACUGAGGAGGGGUUGUCAGAGGAUGGGGAUCGGGGCAAAGAUAAAUCUCAGGGUACCACGAAGCCGGUGAACAAAGCCAACAGUACAGCAGGCAAAGUGACCACCAGCAACGGAAACGGUGCUCUCAACAGCACCAAAGUUGUCAAAGAUGACAAAGAGCGUAGCGUGAAGGAGAAAAAAGAGAAGAAGGAAAAGACACCAGGUAGCACUCCAGAGAACCGCAGAGAAAAGCAGAGAGACGAAAGAGCAGGAAAGGAGGAGCGAGUGGCACGCGAGGGUAAGGAGAAGACCCCGAAAGCAGACAGGGAGAAAAUCAAGCCGGAGGAGAAGGUCAUGAAAGACGACAAGGCCAAGGCCGGAAACGGGGAGUCCCUGGAACCAGCCAGAGAGCGCGACGCCGUCAAGGAGUCCAAAAGCAAGGAGAAAGGAGACAGGAUCACUGCGACCACGACCCUUAAGUCACCAAACCCGAGAUCGGAGUCGGCUGAAUCUGAGAGGGAUCACAAAAGGCGAAAGCUCGACAGUCACUCAUCCCCGUCCCACUCCUCAUCUGUUAAGGACAGUAGCAACGAACUCAAGGAGUCUGCAUCCAAGCAGCACCACAUCAACUUUAAUUCAGUUGCCCGGUCCAAGAGCAGAGAGAGGGAAGUGGAGAAGAACGACACAGAGAACUCACAAGGCCGAUCCAAAGAGAAGAAGGAGGAAAAGGAGCGGAAGGAAAGGAAACGAGAUCACAACAUCAACGACCGCGAGGCGAGCCAAGAGUCCAAACGGAGAAAGGACGAGAACGGCACCAAUUCCGCCAGAAACAGCCAGAGUCCUUCCUGUGACUCUUCUCUGUCCCCAGAGAAAGAGAAGAGCAAAAGAUCCAAAUCCUCCAGCAAGGAGAAGGCGGAGUCUGUGAAACAAGAGAGAACCUCUGGAGGAAAGAAGGAGUCCAGACAUGAUAAAGAGAAGAAGGAGAAGAGGGAGAGCGGCGCAGGGAAGGAGGAGAAAAAACACCAUAAAUCGGCUGACAAGCACAGAUAAUUUGCACUAAUCAGUGAAGCAGAAAAGGAUAAGCUUUGCUUUUAUCUGCAAGACCUCCACACCUCCAUCUGUACCAUGUCGACUUUCAUUCUUGUUUCCAAUGUUGUUGUUUUUUUUCUUUUCCACGACUAUGUAAUUUAUCUCCUGAUUAUUUCUUCCUGUUUGCGAUGUAAACCAGCUGGAUAAAAUAUUGGUCCUCAUUUUUUAGAGAUAUUAAAUAGUUCAGUAUGGGCACCAGGUGCUGCUGUAAUCACAGUGUUACUCUUACCAGGAAUGUGGUUCCAGUUUGAAAUGAUCCUUUGGUACCAAACGGUCAUGGAUUCAUUAGUCUCAUGUAUUUUUGUUUGUUUUUUUUGUACAUUGUAAGGCCUUCCUUUUCUUCUUGCUUGUUUUAUUGAAUAGAACCUGCUUUUCCAUGCCCGCUCACCUCAUAUCCUUUUGAGAUACUUGGAUCCUUUUUAUUUAUUUAUCUCCUUUUAAUCUAGAUAGGACGGCGAGCAUAAGUGAGGAAAAAAUACUUAGGACCAGUUUGUAUAUUGUGUACAAUAAUAAAAAGCGUGACAUGAAAUUCACAUCAUGUUAUUUCAUUUUUUUCCCAUGUCCCAUACAAGUUCUCCUGUGAAUUUGUGUUAAUCAGGUUUUUACAUAAUUUAUAAAAAAAAAAAAUAAAUUGUCCGUUGAGCUUUGAUCAGAUUAUUGUAAAGAAAAAUUCUGAUGCUCUUUUCUCCAAAUGCAUCCGUUUCAAAAAUGACCUUUGGAGAUUUUAUCUGCUGUACUCAAUGAGUGUAUGUUUUGUUUUUUAAGGAAAAAAAAAUAAACUCAAUAAAUAAUAGUUUUCUUAGUGUCACUUUAA